AUGGCACUUAAUCGCGAAUUUGGCGACGUUGGCCGUGCUUUUCGAGGUAUUCGAGACAUAGACCAAAUAGUUCGCGACUUCUUCAAAAGUAGUCGUGGUCAACAAACUGACGCUGAUAUUAAUUGGCUUCCCGAUAUUGAUGUUCGCGACACCGGUCGAGAAUAUGAUGUGACAGUCGACCUCCCGGGUGUUUCUAAGGACAAAUUAAGUGUUGAUGUUUGUGGUGACUCUUUGGUCAUCUCUGGCGAAAGACCCCGCGACGAACAAGAAAAUCAACGUGUCAUCUAUCACGAGCGUCCUAAAGGCCGGUUCAUGCGCACAAUCCCAUUGCCAACCGGUGUUCAAACCGAUAAGGUAGACGCUAAGUUAGAGCAAGGAAUUCUUCAAGUUAAGAUUCCUCGUUCCGAAGAAUCCGCCAGUAAACGCAUUGAAAUACAAUAA